AUGGAGGCUCAUAGCUCAAGCCAGGAUUUCGAUUUCCCACCUCGUAACCUCCUUUUCCUACCCCUAUGUAGAUGUUGUGAAAGAGUGGAAGAUGGGAAAGUAGAGUGCAAGUGUGCAGAAGGAUGGUCUUGCUCUGUUACUAAAACAGAGAGUUCCAAGGCUGGCAAGCCCUUUUGCCAAUGUUCCAGCGGCAUCACUUGUACCCGCCUGGAAGAAUCUGAUCCAGAGGCACAGAAAGCACUAGAAGGGUCAGAUGGUUGCAAGGUGAUGUGCAAGACAGAUGCAGGAUAUACUUGUAAAAUUAGCAAAGCAGGGGAAGUUAUAGCUGAAUGUGGAGAAGGUUGCAUUUGCAUUGUUGAUGAAACUGGCAAUGUUAAAUGCAUAACCAAAGCAACAGAAACUUCAUGCUGUACCUCUGGUUGUAACUAAUAAUAAUUAAGAGUGAUGUUGGAUUUGUGGAUUUAGUUUGUAUUGAAGCCUUUGAGUAUGUUUCUGUGUUUUCAGUUUGGCUUAUCAAAUAAAAAUAUGAAUGUCUGUUUGUUUAAAUGAGA